UAACGCCAUCACACGCAGUGGCUACGACGAGCAGCACGGCGACAUCAGGGCCACCACAGCAGCGCAGUCUUUAUCACUGUCAAACCGUUUCAUCAUAACGGGGAUGGAAUACACAGCUGCGGAUUAUUAGACGCGUUUAAACAGGGCCUCUGUUUUGGCGGCGCACAAAGCAAUGUGGAGGAAAUAAAGAAAAUCCUGAUACGCUGAAAACCAGAGACUAUAGAUAAUGGGCUGUGUGCAAUGCAAGGAUAAGGAAGCAACCAAACUCACAGACGACAGAGACACCAGCAUCUCCCAGGGAGCGGGCUACCGCUAUGGGGCCGACCCCACGCCGCAGCACUACCCCAGCUUCGGGGUCACCGCCAUCCCCAACUACAACAACUUCCACGCCCCCGUCGGACAGGGGAUGACCGUCUUCGGUGGGGUCAGCACUUCCUCUCACACUGGAACCCUGAGGACUCGUGGUGGGACAGGAGUCACCCUCUUUGUGGCACUUUAUGACUACGAGGCGCGGACAGAAGACGACCUCAGCUUCAGGAAAGGAGAAAGGUUCCAGAUUAUCAACAGCACUGAAGGGGACUGGUGGGAUGCUCGCUCGCUCACCACCGGUGGCAGUGGCUACAUUCCCAGUAAUUACGUGGCUCCAGUGGACUCCAUCCAGGCUGAGGACUGGUACUUUGGGAAACUGGGCCGUAAGGAUGCAGAGAGGCAACUGCUGUCCACUGGUAAUCCUCGAGGAACGUAUCUCAUCCGGGAGAGUGAAACCACAAAGGGUGCCUUCUCCUUGUCCAUACGGGACUGGGACGAUGUGAAAGGUGAUCAUGUCAAGCAUUAUAAGAUCCGCAAGCUGGACAGUGGCGGCUACUACAUCACCACCAGGGCUCAGUUUGACACGCUGCAGCAGCUGGUUCAGCACUACUCAGACCGAGCCGCCGGGCUCUGCUGUCGCCUGGUGGUUCCCUGUCACAAAGGGAUGCCACGCCUCGCCGACCUGUCUGUUAAAACCAAAGACGUGUGGGAGAUCCCGCGGGAGUCGCUGCAGCUCAUCAAGCGUCUUGGGAAUGGGCAGUUUGGGGAGGUCUGGAUGGGAACGUGGAACGGCACCACCAAGGUGGCGGUGAAGACUCUGAAGCCUGGCACCAUGUCCCCCGAGUCCUUCCUGGAGGAGGCUCAGAUCAUGAAGAAACUCCGCCAUGACAAGCUGGUGCAGCUGUACGCUGUGGUGUCUGAGGAGCCCAUCUACAUCGUCACGGAGUACAUGGGCAAAGGAAGCCUGCUGGACUUCUUGAAGGACGGAGAGGGACGAGGGUUGAAGCUGCCGAACCUGGUGGACAUGGCAGCACAGGUGGCGGCAGGCAUGGCCUACAUCGAGAGGAUGAACUACAUCCACAGAGACCUGCGCUCCGCCAACAUCCUGGUGGGAGACAACCUGGUGUGCAAGAUCGCCGACUUCGGCCUUGCCAGGCUCAUCGAAGACAAUGAAUACACCGCUCGGCAAGGAUUUGACUGA